AAUUAAAAGAAAAUGUAUGAGGAAUAAAUGACUGAAGACUGUAAUGUGUCAGCAGCGUUUUCUGAUACUAACUAUUCACAAAGAAAACAAGAUUUAAAAUUGGCUGGUUUAGCGAUAGGAAUGCCUGUUCAUGAAUUUGAUGAAAUGAAAGACCCAGAAGUAAUAGAGUUCCGCCGUAGCAUUCUGAAUGUAUGUAAAGAAACUGUUGAUUCUCGAGAUUCCGGUGCUGAAGAUAAAUUGGCAACAUAUGUAUAUCCUCCUGAAAUAGAAAGUUCAAAAGAUCUACCUCCUAAUUUGGAGAAAAAAUUAGAUAAAGGUUUAGUAAUUGUAUGUGUCUGGGUUCUAUCUCCUACCGGUGAGAAACAGAAGUACACAGUUAAAGUUUCAAAAGAUGCAUAUCCUGAAAGUGUGACGCAUGAAGCAAUAUUAAAAAAAUUAAAAUGUAUGAAAAUGUCAAAAGAGCAGCAGCAGCAUUGUGCCAGAGAGCAUCAACACAGCUAUCUUUUGAAAGUAUGUGGAAUAGAUGAAUAUUUGUUAGAGAGGUUUCCUCUUGCACAAUACAAGUAUAUCAGGAAUUGUAUUGCAAAAGGUGAAAUUCCUCAGUUGAUGUUAAUGUCAAAAGAAGGCGUAUGUAAUUCUUUGCCUCACUGUGAAUUUCGCAUGCCUUCAUUUCUACGCCGACCUCCACCCAUAUCUUCAAAUGAGGAAACCAUGUCUUUGUGGAAUGUUGAUGCUAUGCUAAGAAUACGUAUAUUAUGGGCAACUUAUGUCAAUGUUCGAGAUGUUGAUAAGAUAUAUGUAAAAACUGGCAUUUUCCAUGGAACAGAACCACUUUGUCAGACACGGGAUACAUCGCAAGUUGUCUUUUCAAACCCGAAGUUUGAGGAAUGGUUGGAAUAUGAUCUUUUUGUACCAGAUAUUCCUCGUAGUGCUAGACUUUGUCUUUCAGUUUGCUCAGUUUCUCGAAGGAAAAGGAGAGAAGAGCACUGUGCUAUUGCGUGGGGCAAUAUCAAUCUGUUUGAUUACAAGGAAAGACUCUUAACUGAUAGGGUUAGUGUCCAUUUAUGGGCUAUGCCGAAAGGAAUGGAUGAAUUAUUAAAUCCAAUAGAUACUACUGGAUCAAAUCCAAAUAAAGACUCGCCUUGUCUGGAACUUGAAUUUGAUCGAUUUGGGAGUACAGUUAAAUAUCCUUCCAUGCAGGAAGUGGAGGAAUAUGCCCACUUUGUUUCAAAACUGGAAAAAGAGGACCAAAAAAUGCCUUCUGAAACUCCAGCAGAUAUUGAAGCCCUUAAAGAAAUCAUAUACAGAGAUCCAUUAUCAGAAAUAUCAGAGCAAGAAAAGGAAUUCUUAUGGAAAAUGCGUCGUGUUUGCUUAACAAUACCUGACUCUUUGCCAAAAUUACUGGAAGCUGUGAAAUGGAAUAGUAGAGAUGAAGUGUCACAGAUAUAUGUCCUUUUUAAGGAAUGGCCACAAGUAUCACCUGAAGUUGCAUUAGAGUUACUUGAUUGUAAAUAUGCUGAUAAAGUUGUUCGUGAACAUGCUGUGCUUUGGCUCGAUUCAACACUUACCGAUGAUCUGAUGUCACAAUAUUUACUUCAGUUGGUUCAGGUUCUGAAGUAUGAAUCUUACUUGGAUAAUAACCUUGCUAAACUUCUCAUCAGAAGGGCUCUUUCGAACCGAAAAAUUGGGCACUUUUUUUUCUGGCAUUUGAAGUCAGAAAUGCAUGAUCCUGCAAUAGCUACACGUUUUGGUUUACUUUUGGAAGCAUAUUGCCGAGGUGUUGGUUCACAUUUGAAAUCCAUUGUAAGGCAGGUUGAAGCCCUUGAAAAGCUCACAAAAUUGACUGAUAUACUAAAAGAAAGAAAAGAUGAUACACAGAAAGAGAGGCUUAAAUUUUUGUAUGAGCAAGUACAACAGGCAGAUUAUCUAGAAGCUUUACAGAAUUUUCCUUCUCCUCUUAACAAUAACCAUGUUUUAGGAAAUUUAAUUGUUGAGGAUUGUAAAAUUCUAGAUUCUGCAAAGCGACCAUUAUGGCUAGUCUGGCUUAAUCCUGAUCCAAUGGCAGAAUGUUUAUUUAAAUUCAAUUCCAUUAUUUUCAAAAAUGGAGAUGAUCUCAGACAAGAUAUGCUCACGUUGCAAGUAAUUCGGAUUAUGGAUCACAUAUGGCAAAAUGAAGGUUUAGAUCUUAGGAUGAUGCCUUAUGCUUGCUUAGCUACUGGGAAAGAAGUAGGUAUGAUUGAAGUUGUAAGAAAUGCAAAAACUGUGAUGAACAUCCAACGUAAAGGUGGAAGAAUGGCUGCUUUUCAAGUUGAUUCGACUCAGCUUUAUAAAUAUAUCAAAGAAAAGAAUAAAGGCAAUAAAUAUGAUCAAGCAAUUGAAACAUUCACUCAUUCUUGUGCUGGCUAUUGUGUUGCUACCUUUAUUCUUGGAAUAGGAGAUAGAAAUCCAGACAAUAUCAUGAUUAAUGAAGAAGGCCAGAUAUUUCAUAUUGAUUUUGGACACUUUUUGGGACAUUUUAAAAAGAAAUUUGGCAUCAACCGUGAAAGAGUUCCAUUUGUGCUCACAGAGGACUUUCUGUACGUCAUUGCCAAAGGUGCAGAAAAUCCAAAAAAAAGUCGAGAGUUUCAAACAUUCCAACAGUUAUGUGGUAAAGCAUACCUCAUGCUGAGACGACAUGCAAACUUGCUCAUCACUCUGUUCAUUAUGAUGUUAUCAACUGGAAUUCCAGAACUUCAAUCUAUAGAUGAUGUAGGAUAUUUACGUAAAACUUUACAGGUGGAGAAAACAGAAAAGGAAGCACUUGAAUAUUUUCAGAACCAAUUUUUUGAAGCUUAUGGUGGUGCCUGGACUACAAAACUAGAUUGGUUUUUUCAUAGUGUCAAGCAUUUGUAAUAAGCUAUGGACUAUUUAUUAACCACCAUGUCAACUAGUCAUUUUUCUGUUUUUGCUGAAAGAAAGAUACGAAUUAUACAUUAAUAGUUUUUAAAUAAAAAUAUAAAAAUAA